GGAAUGGAAGGGAGAGGGAGUCCAUCCACGUUUAUCGCUCAGUAGUCGUGUGGACCUGAAAGUGUGAGCAAGAGAGAGGAGAUCAUAAACGAUACCCUGUUGCAACGAUUGCGCUUUCAUGUUUUGGAAAGUCCAUAGGCCUACAUCACAAAGGUGAAUGCUGCAGCACAGCCCCCUGGAAAAGGAAUGAGCAAAGAAGUCUAGGAACAGCCUAGGAACAGUGGGUUGCUCUGCUCUCUACAGUGAUUAUUUGUUGAAGCAGCGGCGGCCCGCUUCUCCCCUGUCUGAGUCUCCCUCAAAGUGUGAGUAACACCAUGGGGAAUGGAUUAUCAGACCAGAUCUUCCCCAGCCUUCCUUCCUUCCAGGCCCUCCAUAUUGUCAUCCUGGGUCUGGACUGCGCUGGGAAGACCACUGUCCUCUAUCGCCUUCGUUUCAAUGAGUUUGUGAACACAGUCCCCACUAAGGGAUUCAACACGGAGAAGAUCAAAGUGUCCCUGAGCGCGGGCGGAAAGUCCUGGCGGAAGGCGGCGUUCCACUUCUGGGACGUGGGCGGUCAGGAGAAGCUCCGCCCCCUGUGGCGCUCAUACACGCGGUGCGCCGACGGUAUCGUGUUUGUGGUGGAUUCCGUCGACACGGAGCGUCUGGAGGAGGCCAAGACGGAGCUCCAUAAGAUCACGAGGUUAGCAGAGAACCAGGGGGUGCCUGUUCUAGUGGUGGCCAACAAGCAGGACCUGAGGAACUCCCUGCCACUUCACGAGAUGGAGCGCUCUCUGGCGCUAGCAGAGCUGGGUAAUGGAACGCCCUGGCACCUGCAGCCCACCUGCGCCAUCAUAGGGGAGGGGCUACAGGAAGGUCUCGAGAAGCUCCACACCAUGAUCAUCAAAAGGAGGAAGACGCAGAAAGCUCAACAGAAGAAGAAGAGAUGAUCGGAUUGGUCACACACACAACAGCCAUCAUGGCGGAGUUGGUGGAGUUACACAAGGACUUAAUGUGAGAUACCAAUGGUGAUGGACGGGGUGUUAACCUGUUAGCCAUGAGCUGGACAUGUGGUGUUGACUAGUAUGGUCUACCAAUAAUGCUAGGCGUCUCCUUAUCAAUACAUUGACCAGGUGAUGUGAAGCACUCAGUGAUGGGUCAGCUGCUUGCCGGACUGCCUGCCUUCCUGCAAGUCUGUCUUGGCUCAGUUGUAUCGGUCAAAUGGAAUGGGACUGAGUUUGUUCAGGGCUGUCUUGGGGUGUUGUCACUAUGUCCUCACGGGAACUGAUGGAAUAGAUUUGUUUCACCAUGUCAUGGAUUUUGGAUGGUAACAGAACUGGCUGGCACAGCCACACGGGACAGUAGACACUAAUGUAUUUUUUAAGUAUUUCGUCAUACCAUGAGGCACACGAGAGUUCCCAGAGAGACAAAACAAUCAAAACGUUGAAGUGUCAGAGAAGUCAAAUGCACACUUGACUGUAUGCUGUCUUUACUGUCAAGUGUUACAGGUGUAUGUAGCCUAUUGUUCAAUCAGUUUGAAA